ACUGUGGUCAUGAACGCCGCUUUCCUCUUCCCUGCGCUUUUUAUCAUCGAACUGACAUACAUUUCGAUCUCUAAAAGUGCGGUGGAAGACACACAAAAUGUAGCCGAGCCACUUCACUAUCCGAAAAGCAAAGACGCAUAUUACGAGGAAUACUCAUUGGCUGGUCUGAAGAUUGAGAGCAGGAAAGGAGGGCGCCGGAGGAGAACGAGAAAACCAAACGAGAAAAACAGGACUACAAGGCCUUUCUACCCUCUCGGGCUCAAUGUAACCCUCCAGCACCAUCAACCCGUAACAAAUGCUAGUUAUGGAACAAACACUAGCGUACGUUACUCGUCAUACAUUGGAAAUUGGACUGAGCACGCCACGUGUCUUAUGCCGUGCAAUCCUAAACACGACACACCAUGCACUAGCAUACCUGGUGGCAACUGUACUUGUGUACCAAGGAACGACGAAUUCGGAGACACUGUGGGUGUGUGUGCUCUCAAGAAUGUUGAUCUAGGCAACAACAACUACAAGACAAAUAUCAAAUAAAGCAGCA